AUGACAGACCCUGAUUUUUUCUUCUACAGAGCACUGCUGAGGUACAAUAUGAGCCGGGAUGAGUCUGAGUCACCAUUUGAUAGUGCGAUAUCCUCUACAACUAGCUUUUCACAGCCAUUGCUUCCUAAUGGCAGUUCAAGUGACCUAAAUGACAUACCCGGGGACGAAAAUACUUCAAGUCCUGGCGAGUACGAGGGAGCGCAAAUUUUGGAUUCUGAGGAUAAUGCGAAUUUGGAACUGAACUCAGCUGGAAAAAAUUCGCAGCGGUUUGCCCUCUCUCAAGAUGCUUCUAAGGUUCUACUACUGUUGCUGAUGCGUUGCAGACGCUUUGCGGUUGCCAUUUGGACUGGGCCUGAGACAGAACAGGAUCCGGCGCCAAAACCAAUCAAAUGGUUGAUUGGUAUUGAGAUGCUUCCAAAGAAACUUCGAAAAGUUAUUUCGCGGCCCUACCGAGUACUCAUUCUCUCCUUGUAUAUGAUGGCAUGGAUCUACAUCUGGACCAGAGCCAUGAUUCCAUACUUCACAAUGCCUCCCAAAGUUGAGGGAGUGCCAGUGAUCUCGCUUACUUGCGGGCAAGUGAGCGAUUUUUGGAAAGGAAAAAAUGCAGCUUGUGGCAUGGAUGCUCGUUUCUGUCCCACGUUCGGUCAGGACCUGGAUGUCAUCUUCCGUUGCCCUGCGCUAUGCGAUCGUGGUCUGUGGCUUUACUCACUGAGACCUGUUGGCGAUCAAAUCCUUAAAUACAGGGGGUUUUAUAUCGGUGGUGGCGGUGUUGAUGAUGACGAGAAUCCAGAUGUGUUGUCACGGCCCUAUAGAGCAGACUCUUUCCCUUGCGGCGCAGCUGUACAUGCUGGAAUAGUUUCACCAUUUUAUGGUGGGUGUGCAAAAGCAUCGUAUCUGAGUGGGCCUCAGAACUCUUUUGAACCUGCAACUGGUCGGUAUGGCGUAUUCGACUCGAUUGGCUUCAGCUCGUUCUUUCCCAAAUCUUUCAUUUUCACCAAACUACCGGAAAUUGUUGGUCCAUGUAAGGACCCACGUAUUGUUGUGAUGAUAUUCAAUAUUUGCAUGGGAAUUCCUGUCGUUUUUUUUGCUUCGGGUGCAGCAUUUUACUGGAUCAUGUCUGUUGUUGGCUAUUGGACAAUUUCGUUAGCCACGGACCCUCCAGUUCUUGUUGAUCCGCAAGACCCAGAAACUCUAUACGAUCUCAUCUCUGUAAGUCUUGAGAGAUUUUUGCCAACCUGCUUCGUGCUUUAUGUUCUUUGGGUGAUCAGUGUUAAACGAACAUUUUUAACAGAGGAGAGAGCUACAACAACUGAAAGCCAUAACACCACUGAAGAAAACUUAGAAUUGAAUCAAGCUAAAGAUAUUCCAGAGUGUUCUCCAGUGCUAAGAUUAAUCCUAUGGUAUCCGUUGUUUUGGCUGGGCGUCCUCAAUAACAUGACUUACGAUAGACUACCAAUUGAUCGACUCACUCUCCACGACCUUCAAAACAUGCCCGGCGCAUUGCUUGUUAUGUAUGUAUUGGGAACCAUUACGUUGGUUUGCAUAGCCGCCCAGGCAUAUUAUCUCUGGCUCCUGGGCCGCUUGUGGCGAUUCUUAAAGGUAUAUGCCAUUCUCAGUGGACUAUUGAUAAUUCUUGGGUCAUUACCUGGACUCACGCUCCGAAUUCAUCAUUAUAUAUUCGCACUUCUCCUUAUACCUGGAUGUUCAACACGAGGCUGGACAGCUUAUGUGUUUCAAGGAUUGCUUCUUGGCCUAUUCUUAUCUGGUGUUGCCAGAUGGGGAUAUGCCUCAAUAGCCGAGACUGACUUCUCGCUAUUGCGAGGUGAGCCAAUUGGACAGAUUUUGGCACCCUUGGUGGUUGAAAAUGAUAAAGGUGUACUCUACUGGCGGCGUCCCGACAACUCUUCAUACAAUGAGGCUUUAGAGGAUGUCGACCGAUACACCGAGGUUUCUCUUCUUGUGAAUGAUAUCGAACGAUUCAGAGGAUUAGAUAUCGGAAAUGUUAACAUCACCGAUAUUAUUGACAAGAAUGAGCAUUUGAGAAAAUUAGUUUCAAUGGCUAUGGAUGGCCGCUCAGAGGACUCAGAAGAUAUCACUUUGUUUGUGAGACUUGCAAGAUAUUCUAACAAGCAGAGAAAAUAUGGCGACUAUACUCAGACUGGUGUUUUAAAGUAUCCUUCUUUAGACUGGUCUCCAGCUCCUCCUGGUGUGACCUAA